AUGACGGACAAGACGACCCAGGAGGCUCCCACGACUGGCGUUGGCCCUGAAUACCGUGAUCACCAGCAGAAGCCUAACGCGACCGUCUCCGUCAAUGUCAACCUCGACAAUGUCCAUGUCCUGCCUCAGACCCCUCAGCUCAUUGCUCUCCUGUCGAUGAUUCGCAGCAAGGAAACAGACCGAGCAGACUUCAUCUUUUACUCGAACCGCAUCAUUCGACUACUGGUCGAGGAGGGUCUCAACCACCUGCCCGUGAUUGAGCACACCGUCACCACACCCGUGGGUCGCACCUACAACGGUCUCAUGUUCCAAGGCAAGAUUUGCGGCGUGUCCAUCAUGAGAGCUGGCGAGGCUAUGGAGCAGGGUCUCCGAGACUGCUGCCGCUCCGUUCGCAUUGGCAAGAUUCUGAUCCAGCGGGACGAGGAGACGGCGCAGCCCAAGUUGUUUUACGACAAGCUACCCGAGGACAUUGCCCAGAGAUGGGUGCUUCUCCUGGAUCCCAUGUUCGCUACAGGCGGCUCGGCGACCAUGGCGGUUCAGGUCCUCAAGGCGCGAGGCGUGCCGGAGGAGCACAUCCUGUUCCUCAACUUGAUUGCAAGCCCCGAGGGUGUCAAGAGCUUCUCUGCCAAGUUCCCCCGCUUGAGGGUCGUGACAGCUUUCAUCGACCAGGGCCUUGACGAGAAAAACUAUAUCGUUCCUGGUUUGGGAGACUUUGGCGACCGUUUUUACACCAUUUGA